AUGGCCCCAUCAAUCCUCGGCAAGCGUCAGCGAAGUAAUGCUGAGUCUCAUGGUAAUUACAAUCUUCCCGUUUCACCUGCACUCCUUCGCCGUCGCGUUGCAAGCUUGCCCGAAAGAGUCCGCUCACAAUUAGAUCUAGAAGACUCACCAGUCCACUCGUCGAGGAAGCGACGAGCAACUCGAGAGCCCCAAAUACACCAUGAUAACCAGAGUGGAAGCCCCUUUAGUUCGCCAACGAGCCAACGCAGGUCGAAGCGCCUCCAGGCUUGCGGCCCGCAGGACGAACCCAGCCCUAAACGCUCGAGAACAACCGCGCAAUUGCCAUGCAAAAAUUCCGAAAAGGUAUUUUGCAAGGCAAACCUAGUUGAAAGAAUCAAGGAGCCAGUAACAGAUGAAAACAUCGAUCCCAACAACCAGCCCAGAACUCCUCGAUCCAAGAGAUUUCAGGAUGCGCUCUCCGCCGCUUCUCCGGUCACUCCCAGACACCGCGUUCAAGUUGCUGUCAAGCCAGUCACACCUCGAACACCCCGAGUCAUCUCAUCCGCUCCAGCUCGAUCCGUCUACGUUGACGCUAGACAGCUUUUCGUGCGGAGUGCCAAUCCUGGUCGUUUGAUCGGGCGCCAGGACGAAAGAAACGAGUUGACAAAAUUCAUUGAGAGUUCCGCCUCCUCAAAGCGAGGUGGCUGCACUGGGAAGAGCGCUUUAGUUGAGGGAGUUUGUCGUGAACUACAACUCGAGGCUACUUCCAAAGUCGCAUAUGUGAAUUGUGCUAGUAUGACAAGCGCACGCAACAUCUUCGGAAAAUUGGUCGAGGAACUUUGUGAUGACUCCCAGGUGUUCAAGAAGAGCGAAGUUGAUCGACUCCGGAGCCUGUUCUUUCCGAGGAAGAAAUCUUGCAAUGCUGUAUAUCUCGUUGCAUUGGACGAAAUAGACCAUCUAUUGACAAGCGACCUUGAGAUACUUUAUACCUUUUUCGAAUGGUCUAUGCAAGCGAAUUCCCGCCUCAUCUUAAUUGGAAUCGCCAACGCGCUUGAUCUCACUGAUCGAUUUCUCCCAAGACUAAAAGCGAAAAAUUUAAAGCCGCAGUUGCUCCCUUUUCUGCCCUAUACACCGACACAGAUUGCCAGUGUAAUCACUGCCCGGCUUCGAUCGCUAUUGCCCGAUGAUGCGGCCAAGGACCUUGUGCCUUUCCUCCACCCCGCCGCUAUCCAACUCUGUGCGCGCAAGGUUGCAUCUCAAUCAGGCGAUCUUCGUAAAGCCUUCGAUUUGGUUCGCCGUACCAUCGAAUUGAUCGAGCAGGAAGCCAAACAAAAGGCCAAUGUUGCAUCAGCAAGCACGUACAAAACUCCCUUGUUGGAAAAUACGAAUCUCGCAUCUCCCUUGUCACCGCCAGAUACUCCCGAGCCUAAGGAUUUGAUUUCCAGUUUUACAGCGGCCACCGCACCUCGGGCUACCGUGGCUCAUGUCGCUCGUGUCACUUCCGCCGCUUUUGGCAACGGAACCGCUGAACGGCUACAAGACCUCAAUCUCCAUCAAAAGGCUGCGCUUUGCGCCCUUGUCUCGCUUGGGCGAAAGCGACGUGCAGCCUGUUCCAAUACUCCAAGUAAAUCACCCCGAUCCGCUGCUCCAACAAUCAAGGAGCUGUUUGAUACUUACUCCACUUUAUGCCGAAGAGAUAAUGUUCUCCAACCUCUUACAACUACUGAAUUCAAAGAUAUUAUUAGCGGUCUAGAAACCAUGGGCUUAGUCGGAGAAGCCCAAUCUCGUGGCGGCCGUGGCCCGCCAGCAAUGUUCCGCACCCCUACAAGGACCGGACGGGGCGCUGCCUUCGAUGACAAUGGCCUGGCUUGCUUCGUUGGGGAAGAAGAAAUUGAAGCUCAGAUCACAGGACCUGGAGAAGGCAUUUUGAAAGCUUUAUUACGAGAAUAA